AUGCGUCAAGUCGGAUCUGCUCUUUGGCCGAGGCUUAGAGCCGUCCAGGUGUAUGGAGCCAACACUGGUGUAGGCAAGACAGUUGUCAGUACAUUGCUCUGCAAAGCUCUACGGAAAAGGCUACCAGACUACAAUGUACAUUACUUGAAACCGAUCUCGACCGGACCGCUCGACGAACAAGACAACCGGUAA